AUGAACUUGAAAUGCAACGGCAACAGCAAGAACAGCAAUGUAUGCAUGAACUUAAAAUGCAACGGCAACAGCAAGAAAAGGAGUCAGAAAGACAGGAAAAACAACAUAUGCAUGAACUUGAAAUGGCCAGAAUACAACAAAGAAAUAACAAUAAAAAUCAUUUUUAUAGAUUCCAUCAGUUGUAAAAGAUGUUUCCUUUUAACGAGGACACCGAAUGUAUUGAUUUGUACCUGGCAAGAUUCGAGGAUUUUGGCCGUGCUUGUGAAUUGCCAGGACAUGAAUAGACUCGAAAUGAUCCAAGAUUCGAGGAUUUUGGCCGUGCUUGUGAAUUGCCAGGACAUGAAUAGACUCGAAGACAGAAAUCAGUAUCCAAUUGUGAAAGAUGCUCUUCUGAGACAAUUUGGAGCAACUGAAGAAAAAUACAGAAAAAAAUUAUUUCAUAGUGUCCCUGACCAUAAAGAUGAUCCACGUCUGUUUGUGACAAAUGUGACAAUGUACUUCGAUAGAUGGUUAGCCAUGGCAGAUGUAAAUCAAACAUAUGAAGCAAUUAGAAACUACAUAAUACUUGACACAGUAAUUAAUGCAUAUAGUGAUCAAGUCCAAGUGUUUGUGAAGGAACCUCGAAAAUUACCAAUACAGUAUAAGCCAGUGAGUAAAGUUUUUUUUGCAAAGAUUCUACAGGGCGAUGGUAAACUAGUAUUGUUCACAGCAUUUGUCAACCAAUGUAAAUGUACUACACUAAGAAACUCAGGUACAACCACUUUAUUAGUACAUCAAGAUUGUGUAGAGCCACAUUCAUACACUGGAGAGUAUGGAAACAUUAAAGAUUUCAAAGAUUGUACAAGAUCUGAUGUCAUACAGUGGCAGAAUAACCAUGAAGUAAACAGGUCCAUGGCGAUUACCAGAACACAGAGUAGAAGAGAAAAGGAUCUGAAAAAACUAGAUCAAAACUAUAGCAGCUACAAUUUAUCGCAGAACAAAUUAUGUUGGGGGUUGAUGAUGAGGAUGGAGUUGAUUGUAACAGUGAUAAGAUGA